AUGGCAUCGACAGAAAGCAACAAAACGAGCGACUUGGAUAAUAAUGUCAACCGUGAUCCAGAGAAGGAUCCUCAAAAUGACAGGCCGCAUGGCUUACCGGCCAUCCCAUCAGAUCCACAUCCGUCGCUGUUGCCGUCAAUAUCAUAUUGGCGACUGCUCUUUGAUCAAUCAGUGGUCUGGCCAGAGCUCCUGACAACAGAAUAUGAGGGCUCGGGAACGGAAGAAGACCCUUACCUGGUUCAUUGGGUACACGACGAUCCUCGAAACCCGCUCAACUUUUCUGGCGGCUUCAAAUGGUACUUGACACUUACCGUAGCAAUUGUCACCCUCGUCGCCGCAUUCAUCUCGUCUUCUUACUCGGCCUGCUUAGAACAGAUUACGAAGGAAUUCGGGGUCAGCGAAGAGGUCGCCGUGAUUGGCCUUGCCCUCUACGUGCUGGGGUUUGGGGUUGGUCCCUGUGCUUGGGCCCCUGCAGGGGAACUGUACGGUCGUCAAGUUGUCCUAUUUGCCACGUACGGCGCCCUGACGGUCUUCAACGCCGCCGCCGCAGGGGCUCCUAACAUCCAAAGCCUCCUGGUCUUCCGAUUCUUGGCCGGAACGUUUGCAGCAUCACCGCUCACGAAUUCGGGCGGGGUGGUAGCAGAUCUCUUCCGUCAAGAACAACGAGGCCUAGCCAUGAUCCUGUUUGCAAUGGCGCCCUUCAUGGGCCCGGUCCUGGGCCCUAUUGUCGGCGGCUUCCUCGGCCAGGGCCCGGGUUGGCGUUGGGUCGAGGGUUGCAGCGCCAUCAUGUCAGGCGUCAUGUGGAUCAUCUCCGCGUUGACCGUUCCCGAGACGUAUGCGCCCCUCUUACUGCGGAAGCGCGCCGAUAAGCUUUCGAAGAUGACGGGCAAAUGCUACCGCAGCAAGAUCGAAGUCUUUCGGGGCGGACGCACCUCGGCACGCCACGAAUUCUCCAAGGCCCUCGUCCGGCCCUGGGCGCUGCUCUUCCACGAGCCGAUCGUAUUAUUUCUCAGUGUCUACAUGUCCAUCGUCUACGGCACGCUGUACAUGCUCUUCGGUGCGUUCCCCAUUGUCUACCAGGAAUUACGAGGAUGGAACGAAGGGGAAGGCGGAUUGGCGUUUUCGGGCGUCAUCAUCGGUACUGUCCUCGCCAUAUUCUACGGCGCCUUGGACAACAAACGGUACAUACAAAAAAGUCGGGCCCUCGCGGCUUCGUCUUCUUCCCGAACCUCGCUGCCGCCAGAAGAACGUCUUAUCCCUAGCAUCAUCGGGGGCAUCUCCGUCCCGGUCUCUCUCUUCUGGUUCGCCUGGACAAACGGACCCACAGUGCACUGGAUGGCGAGCAUUGCCGCCGGAGUCCCUUUCGGUUUUGGCAUCGUGCUCAUCUUUAUAAGCAUCAAGAAUUACUUGGUCGACGCCUACACUGUAUUCGCGGCAUCCGCAUUGGCCGUGACCGUCAUCAUGCGCUCUUGUUUCGGCGCCGCUUUCCCCCUCUUCACCACUUAUAUGUAUCACGGGCUCGGCGUCCACUGGGCGUCGACCUUGGUCGCCUUUUUGAGCCUGGCGUGCUUGCCCAUUCCCUUUGUGUUUUGGAAGGUCGGGGCAAGUCUGCGGAAGAGAUGUCGGUACGCGGCCGAAGCCGAGGCCAUGUUGAAGCAGUUGAACUGA